UCUGGCGCCACCAAGCCCCCGCCUCCCGCAAGUCCGAGAGACCUCUGCAUCGCGGGGAAGCAGCCUCGGGCCCGCGGCAGUUGCGCCGAGGCAGCCCGGCGGGCACCAAGCCAUGAGGGCCGACUCCGGGCUCGGGGUGGAGGAGGACCACCCGGUGAGCGGUUUAGGGCCCGUCGGCCUCUGCUCCACCCGGGCAGCUACCUCUGGGCGUCCUCCACGGGCCCUUCCACCUGUGCCAAGUGCUAUUCAAGAUGAUAUUCCACUUAGUCGUCCUAAGAAAAAGAAGCCCAGAACAAAAACCAUGCUAGCUAGUGCUUCUUCAGAAGGCCUUGAUCAGACUGCCGUUCAGAGGCCAUCUGAGGGCAGUGAGCCACCAACUAAAGACCCUGUGGAACAUCCAGAAGCUCCUGUUCAAAAGAGACAGAAGAAGACGAGGCCACCCCUUGAAGUGGAGAGUACCUUUAGCCAGAAGAAGAGAUCUAGUCCAUCUUUAUUACCAAAUGAAAAUUGUGUCAACAUGGAGCCAGCCGAAGAGCCAGUUAUUCAAAAACCUCGAAGGAAGACAAAGAAAACUCAGCCAGUGGAAUUACAUUAUGCCAAUGAACUAGGAGUAGAAGAUGAAGAUGUAAUUACUGAUGAGCAAAGGGGUCCAGAGCAACCGUCCAUGUUCACUGCCCCCACUGGCACCAGCCAGCCUGUAGGCAAAGUGUUUGUGGAAAAAAGCCGGCGAUUCCAGGCUGCUGAUCGGUCAGAGCUGAUAAAGACCACAGAAAAGAUAGAUGUGUCAAUGGACAUGAAGCCUCCCUGGACGACCAGAGAUGUUGCCCUGUCAGUGCACCGGGCUUUCAGGAUGGUUGGUCUCUUUUCUCAUGGCUUCUUGGCUGGCUGUGCUGUGUGGAAUAUUGUUGUGAUAUAUGUUCUCGCAGGAGAUCAGCUUUCUGACUUCUCAAACCUUCUGCAACAAUACAAAACCUUAGCAUAUCCAUUCCAGAGUCUUCUCUACUUGCUUUUGGCUCUAAGUACAAUUUCAGCUUUUGACAGGAUUGACUUUGCUAAAACAUCAGUAGCAAUCCGAAAUUUUCUUGCCCUGGAUCCAACAACUUUAGCAUCUUUCUUGUACUUCACUGCUCUUAUAUUAUCUCUGAGUCAGCAAAUGACGAGUGACAGAAUCCACCUUUACACACCUUCUUCUGUUAAUGGUAGCCUCUGGGCAGAAGGAAUUGAGGAGCAGGUUCUCCAGCCAUGGAUUGUGGUGAAUCUGGUGGUGGCCCUUCUGGUGGGAUUAUCUUGGCUGUUUUUGUCUUAUAGACCUGGCAUGGAUCUUAGUGAAGAGCUGAUGUUCUCCUCUGAUGUGGAAGAAUAUCCUGAUGAAGAAAAAGGAAUCAAAGCCUCUUCAUAGUGCCAGCUCAUCUUCAGAGGAAUGACCCAGUAUUUAGAAUUUUUCCCAUUCUUGUUUUAAAUGUAUUUUUGUAAGAUAUGUAUGGAUGUAUUUGGAAUCGAUUUUUUGAUUAUAUAAUACAGAACACUUUCUCAGGAUUAUGGAAAAUGUUACAAUUGUGUCUGCAGCUUAUACUCAAAUAUUAAUGUCUGUAGCAUUAUCAUCCUAAUGACAAAGGAGGUAAUGAGCUAGAAAUCAGCAGGCGAGAAUGUUUAUUUCCUGUUUUCUCAAAUUAGUUGCAUUUAUAAUCAUUAUCUUUAAAAGCACUAGUACGGUGCUUUUUAAAAAGCCAUAGCUUUAGUAUUACAAAAUAUCUAUCAGGUUUAAACAGAAAUUUAGGGAAUAAGGAAGGACAGGGGGAAGACCUUUAUUAUUUAUUUUUGUUGUCUCCUUACUGAAUAAAUUGAAAUAUGAAAUUUGUCUUUUUUGAAACUG